GGUGGGGGCAGUCCUAAAGGCUACAGUGAUCUAAGUAGCUAGCGUGGACGGAAGACCUGAAAAGUGAAUGGCAGUUAGUGGAGUGAAGAGUUGUAGCCACGGUACAGGAGACUAAACUCCCGGCAAUACCACAACCUCCCCGCAAUGCCACGGCAAGAAUGUAAAACGCAGGUGUGAAGGCAUAUGCGCCGCAUCGGUUUCCUGAAGUUCCCUCUCAAGGAAACCGGCGUUGCGGAAGAAUAGUCGCUUGCGGUAUUGAAGAUUUAACGUGGGCCAUUGCCCUUAGACUUUUGAUGGCAGAAGAUUGGAAGAAAGUCGGACAGAACGUGGGAGACAAUUCCAAAGAAGGAGUACAGCCCUUGCAAAAUCUUCAAUACGUGUGUAAAGGAAAUGACCACUAUGGAAAUGGAGAGCUCUAAAUUCAACAUUGAUGCUCCUCGAUGGGACCAAAGUACAUUUGUGGGGAGGUUAAAGCACUUCUUUAACAUCACAGAUCCCAGGACAGCCCUUGUGUCAGAACAGGAACUGGAUAGUGCAAAGCUGCUUGUGGAUUCAUGCAGAGCAGGUUCUGUGCCACCAGGAACCAGUAUAGAACAACUGCAUUAUGCCAAGAAGCUCUACGAUUCUGCUUUUCAUCCAGACACCGGGGACAAAAUGAAUUUGAUUGGAAGAAUGUCCUUCCAGGUCCCUGGCGGAAUGGCCAUCACAGGGUGCAUGCUUCAGUUUUACAGAACUGUGCCAGCAGUGGUGUUUUGGCAGUGGGUUAACCAGUCAUUCAAUGCCUUGGUGAACUAUACAAACAGAAAUGCAGCCUCUCCAAUUACACUCACUCAGAUUGGCGUAGCUUACUUGACUGCGACAAGUACAGCAUUGGCUACAGCUGUAGGAUUAAACUUGUACACUAAGAAAGCUCCUCCUUUGAUAGCACGAUGGGUUCCCUUCGCUGCAGUGGCGGCUGCCAAUUGUGUCAAUAUUCCUAUGAUGAGACAGCAGGAGCUUAUUAACGGCAUUGCAGUUACAGACGAAAACGAUAAUAAACUGGGACACUCUAGGAAAGCUGCUAUCAAGGGAAUCAGCCAGGUUGUGAUCUCCAGAAUAGCCAUGGCCGCCCCUGGGAUGAUUCUCUUACCCAUUUUGAUGGAAAGGCUGGAAGCUUUUCCCUUUAUGAAAAAAAUACGGUUUCUCCAUGCUCCUCUGCAAGUCAUGUUGGCGGGUGGUUUCUUGCUCUUUAUGGUUCCUGUUGCCUGUUCAUUGUUCCCACAGAGAUGCUCCAUGCCUGUGAGCAGCCUUGAGCCAGAGCUUCGAGAGUCUAUAGUAAAGCAAUACGGAGAGCAAAUCCGCUAUGUUUACUUCAACAAGGGAUUGUAACCACCUGACAGACAGACAAAAACCAGAAAUGCGGCCCUUGAUUAGAAAAAAAGCUAUUGUCUGCCUGGGAAAGGAAAGCAGGACAUUUUAAGCUGCAUAGAGAUGGAGGCCUUUUAAACAAUACUCUCAGGAAUGGUAUUAACUCAGCCCUGUUACCUUUAAGCAAUUGAACUGGAACUGUUACAAAUACAUUUUAAUGCAAGGAAA